AUGUCUACAACAACAGCAACAUCCACUACAGCGGCGGCGGCCACCGCGGCCCCGGCCCCAACCACCUCGCUCAACGUCCUCAUCAUCGGCUCAGGCAUCGCAGGCCCCGUGCUGGCCAUGACGCUCCUCCGCCUCGGGCACACCGUCACCAUCUAUGAGCGCGGCGUGUCCGGCGGCGACAGCUACCGCGGCGCCUGGAUCACGUUCCAGGCGAACGGGAUGGACGCGUUGCGUGCGAUCGACGCGAGCGGCACGAUCGAGGAGAUAGGCUACGUCCUCGACACGAUCAGCUUCGUCAACGGCGCUGGCAAGUCGCUCGGCGCGAUGCCGAUGGCUGCGCCGCGCGAGGACGGGACAAAGUCGCGUAUCAUGCGCCGGAGCGACCUGUUCGUCGCGCUCGCCCGCGAGGCGGCGAGCCGCGGCGCGAGGGUCGAGUAUGAGAAGGAGCUCGUUGACGCCACUACGCUGCCCGAUGGGCGGGUCAAGGCUGUCUUCAAGGACGGCACGAGCGCGAUAGGCGACCUGCUGGUCGGCGCCGACGGCAUCCACUCGCGCGUGCGGACGCUUAUCGACCCCGACGCGCAGAAGCCACGCUACGUCCCCGUUCUCAACACGGGCGGGUACAUCCCGAACUUCCCCCUCCACACGGCGCCGGAGACAAUGACGAUGCAGUUCGGCACGCGGUGUUUCUUCGGGUGGUGCGCUACGCCCGACGGCGGGGCAGUGUGGUUCGCCAACCCGCCCUUGGCGGACGAGCCGGCGCGGGGUAUCCUCUCCUCGAAGAGCGACGCGGACUGGCGCGCGUGGCUGCACGAGCUGCACGACGGCGACGCCGGCCCCGCCGGCGCGCUGAUCGACGCCGCUGUCGGCCCUCUCUCCGGGUGGGCGACGUACGACCUGCCUGCGGUACGCAAGUGGCAUAACGGCGCCAUGGUGAUCAUCGGGGACGCGGCGCACGCGACGAGCCCCAGCUCCGGGCAAGGCGCGAGCAUGGCGAUCGAGGACGCCGUGAUACUCGGCAAGUGUCUGCGCGAUUGUCCGAGCACGCGCUCCGCCCUCGACACGUUCGUUAGCCUGCGCAAGGAGCGCGUGGAGAAGAUUGUGGCCUACGGCGCGCGCAGCGCAAACUCCAAGGCUGCUGGCCCGGUCGCGCGCGUCUUCCGCGACUUGCUCUUGCCGUGGGUGUUCUGGUAUGCGGCCCGCGAUGGGGGUAAAGGGAUGCAGUGGCUCCAGGGCUACCAUAUCGACUGGGACGACAAGGUCGUGCCGGUCGAGUCGGGGUGA